CUUUUUUAUUUUCCUGAUUUUUUUUCUCCCGAACGGUGGCGCGAAGCGAGAUUUAGCGAGGUUUUUGAGGGGGAAGAUGUGGUCUGUGGUGGAUGGAGUGAAUUGACUUAGAGAUCAAGCAGUUGCUUGAUGUUCUUGAGGUUCUAGUGACUUUGCAUAGAGACAUGUGCUAAAGGGUUGUGAACAAUGGGUACUUAGAGAUGUAGAGUUUGACUAUCAUCGCUUGAUCAAUGAAUGUCCUUGAAGCUCAGGUAGAUUCUAGCCUCACUUGUGUACUGACCAAGUCCAGAACAACAGCCCUACCAAAACACAAAACAGCACUGGAAAACGUGACUUCACUCCAUCUAUCAAUGCCCUUGAACCUCAAAUCCUCUCACACACCUCAUGUACGAACUCUUCCCGGAACAAUCAUUCCAUCCCAUUCCUCCCCGAAGCAACAACAAAAAUACAAAGUUCAAGAAAUGACAUCAACCCAAUGGUUACCGGCACCAAGAUCACCACCACGAGACCCUGAAGCCCUCGUGAAUGCACCGUUGCGUAAACCCGCAUCUGUACGCGCCGAUCCCUCGCCACUCGGCCUACUCAUUGGAACCGCUACAGGACUGGAGAUACUUCCCUGACGGAUCCUCUCUCUCGUCUCGGGAUAUUGGACGAUUUAAGGUUGAGCCAUGAAUUGAAGGGAGAUCUGCCCUCGUCUGCUUAGGAUUG